AGUUGAAUAUGUCUAAACCUGAAUAUAAUUACAUAUAUAAAUUGAAGGAGGUCCCACAAACCGCUGGAAUAUUUGCAGUCAUUACGGAUGAUGCAGUCUCAGUCCAAAAUUAUCAAGAUUAUGACGCACGUGGAAAGUAUCCCGAUGCUCCUCGUUACGGUAUGCCUGGACCCUACAGAACCGACUUUUCCGAGUCGUGGUUGUGGCAGAAUCUCACUAUACCUCCAUCAGGAAGGGCCGAGCUUGUAGUAACAGUGCCUCAUUCAACAACUUCUUGGUUCAUAACUGGGAUUUCAAUUGAUCCUAAAUAUGGUUUGGGUGUCGUCAAGAAACCGAUCACGUUCUCAACAGUUAAAAUCUUCUCCAUUUUGGACCACCUGCCACACGCGGUCAAAAGAGGAGAGACGGUAUCGUUGCAUUUUACUCUUUUCAGCUCAAUGCAAGAAGAGUUUGAGGCCACCGUGACAUUGUUUAAUGCAAAGAAUCAAAUCAAGUUUAUCGAUCGUUCUGCAGAAGAUGCGUAUGAAACGAAAAGUGUAUUCGUUCCACCAAAUUCUGAUGUACCAAUUUCGUUCCUAGUAAAAGCAAUGAAGCUGGGAGAGUUGGAGAUCCGGGUGAAUGCAUCGAUCAUGCAAGGAGUAAUCUCCGAUAGCUUCAAGAAAAUCGUGAUGGUACAUCCGGAAGACGUAACGAUUCUGAGUUCAAAACGAAUACAAUUCGAUCGUGAUAGCCCAUCAAAACAAUCGUUCGACAUUCCUCUUUUAAUGGACAACAAGGCAGAACAGGACUACGUACUAGUUGACUUAAUUGUUUAUCCGGAUCAGCAAUCUUUAAAGGAUCUUCAAAACAGUUAUAAUGUGUCAGUGCAUCACAAAGAAUUUGUAGAAUUGAUGCAUGUAAAUUCGGAUUUCCAUGAGAAUAUCACGAUAACAGAAAUUCCAUCAAUAUGGGAUGAACAUUAUAAUCAAUUGGCAAUACUGUCUUAA